CAUUGCUAUCACCCCUUAUCCCCUUCCCCUAGUCACGUUCUCUCCCCUCUCCUUCCUCCUGACACACCCACCCACCUCCCUCGACUUCGAUCUAGAUCGGGAAGCCCCGGCCGCAUAUUCCCCCGCCGCCCAUGCCUCACCCCCCCUCUCGUCGCCGCCGCCAGCCUCCGCUGCCGCCUACUCCUCUCCUCGCCGCUCGCCUCCUCCCGCACCCGCUGCUUCCUCCCCCGCGCCAUGGAGUCCUCCUCCUCCACCGCCGCCGCCGCUGCGGAGCACGCAGGUGGCGCGGCGGCGGGGGAGUACGAGGAGGUGCUGGCCCGGCUCUCCUCGCUCAUCACGCAGAAGGUGCGCGCGGACACCGGCAACCGCGGCAACCAGUGGGACCUCAUGGGCCGCUACCUCCAGAUUCUGGAGCUGGAGGAGCCCAUCGCGCGGAUGAAGGUCAUCCAUGUCGCCGGCACCAAAGGUCAUCCAUGUCGCGCGGCCCGAUCGGGAAGCUCCGAUUCGUCUGCCCACCAGUCAGGUACGCCCUCUCCGCUCCGCCCCGAUUCACCCCUUGCAUCAGUACGACGAUGCCCUAGGAGCAAGGGAGCUCAAGGCAGAACCAGGGCUCUUGCCCGUGGAUCCUUCCGCACCCCCAGUCCCGAUCCCGUGGAUGGCGUAGAAAUCCCUCUGCCCGUCUGCCGUAGCCGAGCUCCACGGUUGGUCGCUUGGUAUUUUUGAAGGGGGGGAUGAAGGUUUCAGUUGAUAGAUGAUUUAUUUCUGGUCUUAUGAUCCAAUUGCAACAAGUGCCGUAGACAGUUAAUUGAUGAUCCUCAUCCUAUGUAGCUCGCACUCCAUAGCAGGGAAGGGGGAAGUAAAUUCAACUGAGUCCAGCACCUGAAAUCGUGUAUCUACCACUACCAGGUUUCAUUUUGGCAGAUGUGAAUAAUAUAAAAUCCAUGAAAUUCAGUCCAAGAAUCUGGUCCUGUUCUGCACAGAGUGCAGACACUAAGCAGCCACGGAAGAAUUCCAUGUGCUAUUAUGACUAUAUAUACACCAAAUCUUGUAACCUCUGGAUAGUGCAGCUUAGUUUUAGUACGUCGGCUGCAUCAGACUUCCAGUAAGCACUGCCACGAUAAAUGAAUUGCGUUGUGUGUCUUUGAAAUACUUGUGCGGAGCGAUGCAUAUAGGUUUUUCCGUUUCAAGCUACAUGUGUUGCAUUGAAAGGGAGCUCUCUUUCCUGCACGCAGCUCAGGCAAAACAAAUAAACAACGGAGUUAAGCAGGGUCUACACUGUUGCGUUUGUUUCUUAAAAAAUUACCUGAGAUAUCUCACACAUAUCUGUAGAGAAUAGUUUUGCAACAGCAGUCUUCUUAUUUCCAACGGUUUUAGCUUGAAUGGAUCUCCCUCUGUCUCUGUUUCUGGGAUCAGUACAUCAUUGUCACUCCCUGGCAAGUCCCAGCACCAGGUAGACAGGCCUUUUGAGAGAGACAGGUGUGAUUGUUCAGGCCCGAUGUUCUAGUGCUUGCUAGAGUGCUUUGUAUGGCCAAAGGAUGCCUCAGUAGGCCGUCUUGUGAUGUACAGGCAGUAUCUGGUUCAGAUGGGGAAGCUACUCCCGGUAACCCCUAUUUUUCCUUCUUGCUGUGGCAGAAAUCAUCAAUAGCCGCAAAGCUACUGAAUGCCAGACUGUAUAAGCACCAGAGGGGACUCAGAUUGUGGUAUAACACAAAUCUCUACAUCUUCAAACUGUCCCCGUAAUGCCCAGUUCGAAAUCGUACAUACUGUAUUUUCAAGUGGUGCCCACAUGUAGUAACAUUAUUUUCACAUCUGUGCCC